AUGUCUGCCCUCGAAGAGCUCGCCGAGAAGCUCUACCCCCACGCCGGGUUCAUCGGUGGCCUUGUCAUGGCUGUCAUCCUCGGCCUCGUCAUUUUCAGGCAAGAAAAGAGUAGGAAGGUUCUUGACCCUGUCGAGUGGAGGUCUUUCAAGCUCAUUGCAAAGGACCACUUGUCCCACAACACCGCUCUCUACAAGUUUGCUCUCCCCCGAUCUACCGAUUCUCUGGGUCUCCCCGUAGGCCAGCAUAUCUCUGUCGCGGCCGAAAUCGACGGCAAGCAGGUUGUGAGGUCUUACACUCCCACUACUUUGGACAAUGACAAGGGACACUUUGACUUGGUCGUCAAGACUUACGAAAAGGGAAACAUCUCCCGAUACCUCUCUCUUCUUACUAUCGGUCAGGAGGUCAAGGUCAAGGGCCCCAAGGGCAAGUUUGUAUACACUCCCAACACUUUCCCCGCUCUUGUCAUGAUUGCUGGCGGGACUGGUAUUACCCCGAUGUACCAGAUCAUCCGAGAGUCGAUUCAGACCCCCGGCGACAAGACCAAGCUCUCUUUGAUUUACGCCAACGUUGAGGAGGAUGACAUCUUGCUCCGCGAGGACCUCGACCACCUCCAGGCCCAUUCCAAUGGCCGCUUCACCGUCCACUACGUCCUCAACAAAGCCCCCGAGAACUGGACUGGCGGUGUCGGAUUCGUGACCAAGGAGAUGAUCGAGCAGGCCAUGCCCGAGGGUGGUGUUGGAUCUGCUACCCACGGUGAGGGCCACAAGGUGCUCAUGUGUGGACCUCCUCCCAUGAUCACUGCCAUGAAGGGGCACCUUGCCCAGAUUGGCUACCCCGCUCCCAGGGCCAUGUCCAAGCUCGAGGACCAGGUCUUCCUCUUCUAA